GGCGGUGGAACAUGUCGGAAGCUUCCGGUCGCGCGGCGGGAAACGAGAUGCCGGCCAAGAAACAGAAGCUCAGCAGCGAUGAGAACAGUAACCCGGAGUUGUCCGGAGAUGAGAACGAUGAUUCUGUCAGCAUAGAGAGUGGUACAAACACAGAGCGCCCAGACACCCCGACAAAUGCAGCAAAUGCCCCUGGAAGAAAGGCCUGGGGCAAAGGAAAAUGGAAGUCCAAGAAAUGCAAAUAUUCCUUCAAAUGUGUAAAUAGCCUUAAGGAAGAUCACAAUCAGCCACUGUUUGGGGUUCAGUUUAACUGGCACAGCAAGGAAGGAGACCCAUUGGUUUUUGCUACUGUCGGGAGUAAUCGAGUAACACUAUAUGAAUGCCACCCGCAGGGGGAUAUCAGACUGCUGCAAUCAUAUGUUGAUGCCGAUGCAGAUGAGAACUUUUACACUUGUGCUUGGACUUAUGACAGCAACACAAGUCACCCGCUUCUAGCAGUGGCUGGUUCUAGAGGAAUCAUUAGGAUAAUUAAUCCUAUUACUAUGCAGUGUAUCAAGCACUAUGUGGGUCACGGCAAUGCUAUCAAUGAACUUAAAUUUCAUCCACGAGAUCCAAACCUCCUCUUAUCAGUAAGCAAAGAUCACGCUCUAAGACUGUGGAACAUUCAGACAGACACGCUUGUAGCCAUUUUUGGUGGAGUGGAAGGUCACCGAGAUGAGGUGUUGAGUGCGGACUAUGAUUUGCUCGGUGAGAAGAUCAUGUCAUGCGGUAUGGACCAUUCCCUUAAACUCUGGAGAAUUAACUCUUUAAGAAUGAAAACCGCCAUCAAAGAAUCGUAUGAGUACAACCCCAGUAAAACAAACAGGCCAUUUGUCUCACAGAAGAUCCAUUUUCCUGAUUUUUCUACAAGGGACAUACAUAGAAACUAUGUUGACUGUGUAAGGUGGUUAGGAGACCUUAUUUUGUCUAAGUCUUGUGAAAAUGCGAUUGUGUGCUGGAAACCUGGUAAAAUGGAAGAUGAUAUAGACAAGAUCAAACCCAGCGAGUCCAAUGUGACAAUUCUUGGGAGAUUUGAUUACAGUCAGUGUGAUAUUUGGUAUAUGAGGUUUUCCAUGGACUUUUGGCAAAAGAUGCUGGCCUUGGGUAACCAAGUAGGAAAGCUCUACGUUUGGGACUUGGAAGCAGAAGAUCCACAUAAGGCCAAGUGUACAACACUCACGUACCCCAAAUGUGCAUCGGCGGUGAGACAGACAAGUUUCAGCAGAGACAGCAGUAUUCUCGUAGCAGUGUGUGAUGACGCUACCAUUUGGCGCUGGGACAGACUCCGGUGAAUGUUCUUCCUGCGCGGGACACUCCCAAUUCACCGUUUUGGUAUAAAGCACCGUCGUGUUUGUGUUGACUGUAGCCGAGUGUAGUGUGCGCCUCUCUUUCGCCUUCUCCAUACUGUUUAUCCUGCUACAAUUCAGCUGCUUUUAAUAAAGAUUUAUUUUUGUACAGUUUUCUGUAAUGUCUAUGGAUUUUAAUGUAUUUACUGUAAAAUGUAUAUGACAUUUGCUAUGUUUCAUACAGGCAUGUCUGAAGCCAGAAUAAGUGGAUGUGUUUUGUAAAUAUCUUGCAGCAUUUUUUUUUUUAAAUAACGUAACUGUUUAUUUAAAUGAAAGUCUUAUUGUGAUGGUUAUUUGCAAUAACUGCCAAACUGACUGAGUGGACUAAAUAAAUGUGACGUCGUUGAAAAUGCCCCUUUAGAACUGACCUGAAAUACAAUGUUGUGGCUUGUUCUGGAGAAUUGGUUAAAUAAAUGAAGCAAUGAAAACCUUCCUCUCUA